ACAAUGAAGAUGCUGCUGAGCCUGAUUGCUCUGCUCUCUGCUGCCCUGUUAGCCAAUGCAGCCCCUCCAACUUGCUACUCGAGGGUGUUGUCUCUGAGCAAAGAAAUCACGGAGUCCUUUAAGGAGUUACAGACUUCUAAAGCUGUGGACUCAUGUAUGGAGAUGCUGCCCAGACUAUACUUGGACAUACAUAAUUACUGUGUGUUGGCAAAACUCCGUGAUUUCGUGGCCUACCCCAGAUGUGAGAGAGUGCUUGAAGUGAGUGAGCUGAAGGAAAAAGCCCGGAGCCUGUACACCAUCAUGAUCUCCUACUGCAGAAGGGACUUGGUGUUCCUCACUGAUGACUGUAAUGCUCUGGAAAAUCCUAUUCUACCUCCCAUUGAGCCCUCGGUCAUUGAGAGCUAAAAGGGAGUCAACCCAAAUGUUGUACCUGGGAAAUUUUCAAGGAGACCAAGAGUCAAAAUAUGUAUACGCAGUCAACUACAAUGUUAACAACUAAGAUCUUUUUCAAGCACACUAGCAAUAUUAUCUCAGACCUACCCAUUUCUCUCCGCCUUGGCAGGAAAUGAACUGCAUGCCUUGCAUACCUACUGAGCUGCUAGGGAAACUACGGUUAGAGAGCAUUUUUUCAUUUGGCAAGGUAUGAUAUUUCAGCUUAGCCAAAUCUAUAAAGUAUGUUUUGUUUAAACAUUAGAUACUAGAUUUUUUUUACUAUUUUAUGAAUAACUAGAUUCAUAUAAAGAAAAUACAUUAUGAUCAAUAUUCUAUCCUGACUUAGCAAUUCUUAAAGUGUUUGAUAGGAGAAGUAUAACUCUGUACUGGCAGAUGUAUCUCUACCUGUAUAGCUCAUAUAUGUAUGCUGAUAGUUUUUGAUGUCAGACUUGUAAGAAUAGAGGUAAAAGUAACCUGUCUCUGUAGUAAAAUAAAAACAACCU